AUGUCCUCCUCCCUCCUCCCCCUCCUUUCUCUCUUCUUCCCUUCCUCCCUCUCCGCGGUGGUGACUGGCCAAUCUUCGGCCUCGCCAUCCAAUAGCUCCACUGUCUACGACAUCCUCCAGGAGUACAACCUCCCUCACGGCAUCCUCCCCGACACCGUCAAGUCUUUCUCCGUCGCUUCCAACGGCUACUUCGUCAUCGAUCUCUACGGAGAGUGCUACAUCGACUUCAAGUACGUCGUCUACUACGCCCCGCGCGUGUCUAGCUUCCUCGUCUACGGCUCCAUCUCCAACCUCGUGGGUGUUCAGAUCCGGAGCUUUCUCAUCUGGUACGGCGUCAGCUACAUCAAGGUCGACCUCCCCUACUCCGAUUUCGUCUACAUCCAGUUCGGCUAG